CGGUUGAUGGCAAAAAGUGGAAAAGGAUUCGGAUUUGGCCGGAAAUUGAAUAUCUCGUGAAACAUGAACAAAAACUCUCUUUUCGAUAUCGAUGGUAGUGUUCUGGAAGGGGGAGGACAAAUUCUGCGGAUGGCUUUAUGCUUCAGCGCUCUCACGAGAACACCGGUGAGGAUAAGACAGAUACGGCAAGGACGCAAAAAACCGGGUCUGGCCGCUCAACAUCUGGCCGGAGUGGAGCUGCUGCGCGAUAUGUGCCAAGGCCGUGUCAACGGAGCAUCGCUAGGUUCAACGGAAAUCGAAUUCUAUCCAAAUCACAUCGGACAAGGACGAUUUUGUGGACACGUCCAGACUGCAGGGAGUAUUUCACUUUUGCUACAGGCUGCCCUGCCAAUAGCCAUCUUCGCUCCCGGACCUAUUACUCUCGAUUUACGUGGCGGUACCAACGCAGAUAUGGCUCCACAGGUGGACUUUCUGUCGGAAAUAUUCCGCCCGAACCUGGAACGAUUCGGAGCUUCUUUCGAUUUUGAUCUCCUCCGACGAGGAUACUUCCCGAAGGGUGGUGGUCACUGCAGUGUCGCUGUAAAGCCCGUACAUUCCCUCCGACCGGUUCAACUGACGGACGCCGGAAGGGUACAAAGUUUCUUCGGAUGGAGCUACGUUGCAGGAUCGUUACCAAUAAAGAUUGCUCACGAAAUGUCGAGUGGCGCGAGAUCGAUUCUGCAGCAGAUUGGGCCCGGUAAAAUCGACAUUCAAGUUUACAAAGAAAGCCCAGAUGUGGCACCAGAGGGAAACUGUUCCGGGAUUAUAUUAGGCUGUGAGACGAACACUGGUGCCAUUCUUGGUGGAUCCGCACUUGGCGGCCGGGGGAAACAAAAUGGACAGUGUGGAGCAGAGGCUGCACAGGAGAUUCAAAGUGCAAUUCAGGCCGGCGCUUGCGUUGAUCGACACGUUCAGGACAUGGUGAUCAUUCUGAUGGCCCUGGCAGACGGUCGUAGCCGCAUCCGUACGGAACCGUUGACUAUGCAUACCAAAACGGCUAUCUACAUAUCGGAGCUGAUGACAAAGGCAAAAUUCAACAUAAUUGAAAACAAUGGCCAGAAUGUGGUAAUCGAGUGUGACGGUAUCGGUUUGCUGAAUCCGUUUCAAUAACUUCACCUUCCUGAUUGGGGUGUGAACACCUAUUUCUACGGUAACAGAAGGAAGGAUGGAAAAGAUCCUGUGAUUAGCGUAAAUCAAGUAAAAAGUUCUCUUAAACUUUUAAUAUUGUGUUGCGCAUUUGCUUUAAACCGACAGUUUGACGUCCAAACUCGCGAUAACUGUCAUUUGCAAAAUAUAUUUCUCAAUUUUGAGUAACUCUUAU